AAACCAAAAGAAGAACUUGCAACACUGAACAUAGCACAUACAGAGAGCAACAACACACUCAAAUCCUGGACAACGCCCUGGGCUUAUCACAGUGGAGGAAUGAUGCCAUUGGGGCUGGCUAUAUUGUGCAUCCCGCUCCUUUGCACUGGAGCUCUGGGUUUUGGGAUUUUGCCAGGAGAGUCUCUGAGUCACCUGGAAAUCACUGAGCAAGCACUGUUGAAUGUGACUGUGCAGGUGUGCCGUGCCCUGGCCAAGACCGAGGGGACAGCCUUCACACUUCCUGCACAGCCUUUCACUGCACAGGGUGUUGCUACAGCCUGUGGUGCACCACAGUCUUCUAAGACUUUUGGUCUAGCCAUUCAGGAAAUCAAACUGAUGAAUGCAGGUGUGGACAUCCGCCAUGUCCUAGAUGCCAGCUUUCACUUUGAUGAGGAGAUGUUUGUUCAAGGAAAGAAAAUCAUUAUAGGGGGAAUACAGGCUGUCAAAGCGAGCAAUAAGCUAAAGAGUUAUGAGGCAGCGAGGCAGAACCUGGGAGAAAUUCUGCAUCCUUUACAGGAUUUCUACAGUCACAGCAACUGGAUAGAACUAGGAAAAAAAAGCCCAAACUCCAAUCUGAUCAAAUCAGAUGCCAGCAUUGGUAACAUAGCAGCUAAAAGCAGAGCGACAUGUCGCAGCUGUAAAGACGACUGCAGAAACAAUAUCUUGGAGGAUAUCAUCAGGGAAAAGAUCUUGACAUCUGGGUACUUUAGUCUGACGCCUAUAUUUGCAACUAAACCCAAUGGAAAAUGCAGCCAUGGAGGCAUACUGGAUCAAACAAGUAAGAUUGAGCCUAAAGGUGGGAUCAACAAAGAUUCACUCACUGCCAGCCAUGGACAUCUCCACUUUCAAGCAGCAAACAUGGCAAUAGCUGCAAGCAGUGAGCUUCUCGAGGACAUUCGAGGGGCCGCCGGUGACAGACCAUUCUUACAGAUGAUGGGUCUCUUCAAAGGAUCCAGCAAGGCACUUUAUUUUGUCAUCGACACCACAAACAGCAUGCGAGAUGACAUUGAAACAGUGAGAAAUGUCACUUCCACUAUAAUCAGCAGGGAAGUGGGAACAGACAAAGAGCCCUCACUGUACAUUCUUGUACCAUUUAAUGAUCCAGACUUCGGGCCACUGACAAAGACCACAAGCUCAACGGUUUUCAAGAAUGCGAUUAGUUCUCUAACAGCCUCCGGUGGAGGGGAUGCACCAGAGCUGAGUCUCUCAUGGCUUCAGCUGGCUUUAAGCACGGCUCCUUCAAAUUCUGAGAUCUUCCUCUUCACGGAUGCAGCAGCUAAAGACAAACACCUAAAGAACACAGUGAUUGCACUCAUAGAGAGGACCCAGUCAGUGGUAAACUUCUUGAUAACCGACACAACACCAAUCAAUCGUCGGAGGCGGCGUGCUCAGCAAAAGUCCAAUAGGAUAGCAGAAUCGGAUGCUCAACUGUACAGAGAGCUGGCUCAGGCCUCAGGAGGACAAGCUAUCGAAGUCACAAAGAGUGAACUUCCUCAGGCCACAGCCAUUGUAAUAGAUUCCUCCAGGUCCUCUCUGGUGACCCUUCUUCAGACAAGCAGGAGCCCAGGAAGGGCUGACACCUUCAGUUUUAUAGUUGAUGAUUCGGUAACAAACCCUGCAGUUUACAUCACUGGGAAAUCCAUCAGUUUUACUCUCAUCAGCCCGACAGGUGAAUCUCAGCAGAGCAGUGACACAACAGGGUCACUGAUCACUGCAUCCCAGUCUGUGGGAAACUUCUGGUCCCUGCAGCUAAAAAAGCAAGUUGGAACAUGGAACAUGAGAAUGGUGUCAAGUAACCCUUACACUCUGAAGGUCAUAGGUCAGAGUCCCAUUGACUUUGUCUUCAACUUUGUGAAGACAUCACAGGGCCCUAUCUCAGGAUUUGAUGCUCUGCAGACACGUCCCAGCACUGGUGUCAAUGCUAGCCUGUUGAUGUCCUUAACGGGGAGUAACACUGCCAGGGUGACAGAAGUCACUCUGGUUGGAUCGUCAGGGUCGGAGGUGAUUGCAGGAGUUGUGGUGCCACAGGAGAGUGGAAGCUUCUUAGUUCAGGUUGACAAGUUGCCAUCAGAGGCGUUUGUGGUGCAAGUGAAGGGACAAGAUGAUAGUUACACCCCCAAGGCUUCAUCAAUAGUCUUCCAAAGACAAUCACCAAUCAGUUUUAGAGGAUCGAAUCUGACGAUUAAUGCUGAUUCAGGGAGCAUCAUAGAACCCGGGAAGCCAUUUUCUGUGCCCUUCACACUGGUAACCAAUGGAACAGGUGGGAACUUCACAAUCAGAGCCACCAACAGCAGAGGCUUCGAUUUAACGUCUCCAACCAGUAUCUUCCUGGAGACUGGAAAAACUGCUAAUGGCACAGUGACCCUCUCAGUACCUCUAAAUACCCCAUCUGGUACUGACUUCACCUUGACCAUUGACACCGAGGCUCCUGAGAGUGCAGACAGUAACUAUGUUGUGUUACGAUUCUCCGUUCUUAACACGGUGACUGAUUUCACUCCACCAGCCUGUGAGCUGCUCAGGUUGCAGUCCAGCUGUUCUGUUAACUGCAGCUUGCAGAUGUGGGAGCUCUCUGUCCGGGUGAAGGAUGAGGCUGGCGGGACGGGCGUCGAACGUGUCAGCCUCAGGCAGGGCAACGGGACUUUGAACACCAGCCUGGAUCCAGGCAAUGAGAACAUAACACUGGUGUCCUAUACUGCAUCCUGCUGUGUACCUGACAUAGAGAUACUGGUUGUGGAUCGUGUGGGUAAUGUAGGCACCUGCUCCUACAGUGGGCAGAAAGGACUGAAAUCUGCCAUCUCUGAAUUCACUCAGCAUCCCUUACUCUGUUUAAGCAUCAUGUUGCUAGGACUUCACAAUCUGAUAAAAAUAAGCAUUGAAUGA